AUGUUCUCACACCACAAACAGCUGAGCACGUCUGAAGAGCUAGAGCGCUCUCUAGAGGAGAGUCGGCAGAGUGCAAGAGCAGCGCAGGAGUCUCUGAGUGAAAAAGAGACGGAACUGAAAGAGCUGCGAUCUCAGAAAGCUUUAGAACAGGGACUGGUGUCCAAAGAAGACCAUGAGGCCCAGAGACUCUCCCUACAGGCUGAGAUCAACACCCUGAUGGCCCAGUUAGCCGAUCUAGCACGCAAGCACGAGAAGACAUGCACUGAGGUGUUCCAGGUGCAGCGGGAGGCUUUAUUUAAUAAGAGCGAGCGUCAGGUGGCUGAAUCCCAGCUGGAGACCGUUAAAAAGCAGCUGGCGGAUCUUCAGGCCGAGUCCACCCACAUCCACCAGCUGCACCAGGACAUCCAGGACUCACGGGGGCUCAUCAAGGAGAAAGACCGCAAGAUCACAGAGUUGUCUAAGGAGGUUUUUCGUCUGAAGGAGGCUCUGGGGGCUUUGACACCUCCGCUGGGACGUUCCCCUUCCCCACCGUCCUCAGGGAUACCUGGACAACAGCUGGCACUGCAGAACCGUGUGACCACAUUAACACAGCAACUCCAGGACUGGGAGCGCAAACACAAGGCUGUUGUUUCAAUAUAUCGUUCUCAUCUAUUAGCUGCUGUACAGGGCCGGAUGGAUGAAGAAGUUCAGGCGCUUUUGCUACAAAUCCUCUGUAUAUCACAGAAAGGUCAAAAUUAGUGCUUUGUAACUGACAGCAAUACAAAGAGUUCAAGUGACUGCUAAACAUACCCUUUUACCGAAGCAUAUCACCACUGUGUACCGCCAAUGAGAGGCAUUGAAACUGUGAAGGAGAAGAUAUAGUUUUACGCCUACACAUGUUCUCACACCACAAACAGCUGAGCACGUCUGUUAGUACAGGUUUCCUUUCCUUUUCAAAUCAGAGUAAU